GUCCAGCGUCUCUCUGAGCCAUACAGCGAGCGAUCCCAGCAGAGCCCAUGAGCCAUGGCGAGCGCGACUCCCAGUGAGAGUGUGGACAGUGAGCUGCGCUGCUCCAUCUGCCUGGGCACGUUCGUCUGCCCCUCCACGCUGAGCUGCGGACACUCGUUCUGCCUGUGGUGCCUGGAGGCCGCCUGGGAGACGGCGAGCAGCUUCAGCUGCCCGCAGUGCCGAGCGACCUUCCCUGUGCGACCCCAGCUGAGGAGGAACGUGGCCCUCGCCAACCUGGCCGAGCAGCUCAGAGUUGGAGACGGGAUGGCCACGGCCGUCGUGUGUGACAACUGCAGUGAUGGCCACACUCCUGCAGUGAAGACCUGCCUGAAAUGCGAGAUGUCCUUCUGUGCGACGCACUUGAAGCCUCACUUGGAGAAUCCCAGGUUGAGAGGCCACGCUGUGGUGGAGCCCAAUGCGAGAUUGGACAAGAGAAGAUGCCCUAAUCACAGCAGGGAGCUGGAGUUCUACUGCACAGUAGACAGCGGCCUGCUCUGCUCAGCUUGCACUAUCGCAGGUGAACACACAGGGCACGAGGUGCUGACGCUGCAGGACGAGCACGAGACACGGAAGACGCGCAUAGGGGAGGAGACGCGAGCGGUGGAGGAGAAGAGGAAGAAGGCGGAGGAGUCCGUGAAGCGGAUGGAGGCCGCACGCAAGGGGGCGCAGGUACCGU